CCCGCAGUGUCGACGCCGUCGGCCACGACGCCCAGCUCGCUGGAGGAGGAGUUCAUCCGACUGAAAGAGCAGAAGCAGUGCAAGGUGUGCAUGGACGAGGACGUGGGCGUGGUGUUCCUGCCGUGCGGCCACCUCAUCACGUGCGUCAACUGCGCGCCGGCGCUGCGCGACUGCCCGCUCUGUCGGCAGCCGAUCCGCGGCACCGUGCGCACCUACCUGUCGUGAGCGGGCGGGACGCGGGAGGCCAGUAGCGCGCUGCGCGGCGCUGGGUGUGGAGGACGACGCCGGCACUUGUACUGGUUCUUCAAUGAAGCGCUGGCGCUGCCGGAUGUCCCCCGCGGGGUGUGCUGUGUCGGCGCCGCCUCGUGCGGGGCUGGCGUGCGCCGACCCGCGCUGUGAGAUGCGGUGUCCCAGCUCCGUGUGUGUGGCGGGGAAGUGCGGGGCUCUUCUUGCAGUCGACAUGAGCCGGCGUCUGGUGUGAGGAACUGUAUGGGUCCCCCGUGUGAUGGACAUAUGUGGACUCCCCGUGGGCAUGACUUGUGGAUUCAUUUUAUGCGGGACAUAUGCAGAUUCUUCGCGUGCGGGACGUUUGUGAGUCCACUUGUGAGACAUGUGUGGACUCCCCGCGUGAGGGACAUGUGUCGAGUCCCCGUGUGGGGGGCAUAUGUGGAGUCCCUGUGCGGGGAUAUGUUGGACCUCUUCUCUGGAGAGCCGGGUUUUGGAGCCUAGGGCAGGUAACGGCUGCUCUUGAAGCGGCGUGGUAUCCCGUCUCUCAGUAUGAGCGGUAGCAGGCACCGACUCCUGCUGAAGGCCACCUGUGUAGGCUCGUCGUGCCUAGCUUGGUCAGCGGUCAGAGUGCGGGACUUCAGCGGGGAGGGGGUCUCACCCGUAACGUAGACAUAACUUAGCUGUGUGGCGUGCUCUUGGUAGUUUGGCCGGCCCACCUGGCGUUUACAGACGUGCCGUGAACACUGGGAUCUAUGACUCGUCUGCUGAUUUGCUAUCAGGCCGGUUUUGUGUGGCCGCACUGGUGUAUGACAGGCAUCGAGUCACGCUGUGGCAGCCAGGCCGGCGACACAGCUUCGAGGCCUGCACGCCGUACGCCCACGCCGCUCGGACCCCGCGCGGACGUUCCAGCACUAUACAGCCCAUGGCGAUUAUGUACCGAUUGCCGCUGGCUGGGUUUCUUCGGCGCCUCCCUGAGGCCAGUGGUCGCGUAAAUCUGAACUGGAGCUGGUCAAAAGGCCACGAAAAGGUGGCGGUGGUCUGCAUAGCACCGUACUGCUUGGUAUUGUCACCGGUUUUCUUGGCAGGACAUCGCAAAUCAUGGUCAGCGUCUAGGCCUGCUUGUGCUUUGGUUUGCGUGUCCGGGUUUGUUCCUGACGGUGUAUAUAUACAUAUUAUUUUUGUAGCCCUCCGGACACCCAUUAGCUGUGAUUUCGUUUAAUACAUGUAUUAGAAGCCGG